CACGUUAGCAAUUUCCUCUCACGCGUCGAUCGUCUCAGCCGCAAUCUACGUCAGUCGCUAUACACCGGCGCCGCGCACGCACGCUUUCGAGAGACGCGAGUGUAAUUUGACGAUUCCUUCACCGGAACCUGUAUGUCAAAUUCAAGUGAAGUGCUCUUAAAUUUUAUUCGUAAUAACUUUUUAUACCAUUGGAUGUUUUUCACAACUUUUGAUAAUGAUUUGAAAAAGCUAGAAUGAACAUCGUGCGUGUACUCAGUGCCCCGUGUAAUACAAAAUGUACAGUGUUGUGAUCUGAACGUCCACCAUGAUGAGUGCGAAAGUUUUUGCGGUGUUAACGUUGGCGAUUUUGGCGGGAAACGCUUCAUGUUGCAACUUCUAUCCUGCUGGCGAAUAUUUGAAGUUCGUGAGGAUACCGGAGAAUCUUAAUGUGGGCGAUGAAGUUUUGAAGGUAGAAGUGCAUCCAAGAAAGAACCUCAGCUUACAGCCAGUAGACAAAGAAGAGGAUGCUCAUCUCUUCACCUACCGCGACUUGAAUCGAACCCACGUCUCUGUCGUACUGGCGCAGACUGUGGACUCACUGGUGGACAGCGACACGCCACAGAACGUGGUCAAGUUCCGUCUGGGAUGUGACUUCGAUUCCGGAGACGAUCUCAUUUCAGCGUACCUGUCAGUGACUGUUUACAUCGAGGAUGUGAAUGACAACCCGCCAAGGUUCCUGGACACUCCAUACAGGAUCACUGUGGAUGAACUCACUCCUACGGGACUGACAAUCUUCAAGGGGAUCCACGCGUUUGACCGCGAUAAGCCCAACACGCCAAACUCUGAUAUCCAGUACAGCAUCACAAGCGGUGACCCAGAAGGUCAUUUUGCAUUAGAAAGCUCCCACAAACCAGGGCUGGUGUUAAGAAAGGCUUUGGACUAUGACGCGGGAGACAAGGAGUUCACUGUUACUAUUACUGCAUCGGACCGUGGUUCACCACCUCGAAGCAGCAAUGCCACAAUUCACAUCACAGUACAAGACAACGAUGACCUCCCUCCGAAGUUUACGUUGGAUGCCUACAAGACCCAGAUACCUGAGUUCUAUCCAAUACUGGGUAAGCGAAUCCACAAAGAGCUGAUAUUCUCGGAACCUAUUCACGCGUACGACCAAGAUUUAGGUGUCUCGGCAGCCAUACGGUAUGAGCUGGUCGCUGGAAAUGAUCGGAAACUGUUUUCAUUAGAUCAACUUAACGGUAGCGUGUUCCUUGAAAAAGAAAUAGAUCUGGACACAGAAGUCGGACUGCCAGGAAACACGUUUGUUCUACAAAUUCAAGCGGCGCAAGUAGAUAAUCCUUUGAAAACGGCCCAAGCUCGUGUGGAGGUGGAAAUAAUAGACCUGAACGAUAACUUGCCUGAAUUCGAAGUGGACUUUUAUAAUAUCAGCAUUGUUGAAAACUUGCCUAACGGUUUCAGUGUACUACAAGUUAUGGCAACUGAUAGAGAUCAGGAGGAUAAUGGAGAGUUUAUAUACCAACUAAAUGACCCUGAAGGUGCUUUUUCAAUAGACCCAAGAUCUGGUUGGUUAACUGUUAGGAACCAGACAGUAUUAGACAGAGAGCAACACGCAUCAUUACGUAUGAAAGUAUAUGCAAAAGAAAAGAAUCCAAGCGUGGUAGGAACUUUCUUGGAUAAACAACGAUUAUCGAAAUGGCAUCGGUCUCCAUCUACGUUAAGACCGCCAUAUAGAGAAAAAACCACUUACAUAUUUCCUGAUAAAAUAGGCGCUAAGACUGAUAAUAUCGAAUACUUUGAAGAUGUUCAUCAACUUAUGUCAUUUGUUAUCGUGGAAGUUACGUUACUCGACGCCAAUGAUAACAAUCCUGUUUUCGUACCCAGUAACCUAUAUGAGUUUGCCAUAAAAGGCAACUCUAAAGUUGGCACUUUUAUUGGCAAAGUGAAGGCCGUUGAUCCUGAUUUAGGAAGAAAUGGUAUAGUGUUAUAUGAUUUACAACGUACAAGCAACUUAACCAUCACAUCUCCAUUUCAAAUUGAUGCUAAAACUGGUGCAAUAAGUGUAGCAGAAUCUCCAAUAGCAGAAGGCAGGCAUGCACUUUUUAUAGAAGCUUCAGAUCAACCAGCUAAUCCUAGUGAAAGAAGAUACUCGUUAGCUGUAGUAACUAUCGACGUGACAAGAGUAGUGAAAGGGAAUAGACCAGACAAACCUGACUUUCUUGGGGCACCAUACGAAUUUUGGGUUGGGUCAAAUGUUGGAAUUGGAACUAGUGUCGGUCAAAUACGAAUAAAUGAUGCAAUGAACAAAAAAGAAGUUACAUAUGACUUAUUACACGGUUAUGAAGAAGGAGUGCCAUUUGCAGUUGAAGAAAAAUCUGGAGUUAUCACAGUAAUAGAUGAAUUAACUAAUUUCGAACGACCACUAUAUGAUUUUGAAGCAGUAGCGAUGCAAGAGAGUACUAAUUUAUCCAUUUCCACAAAUACAACAAUUCACGUUGUUGAUGUCAAUGAUGAGAGAGGUGUCCUUUUGAAGGGCGCACAAUCACCACUUGUAUUUCGUGUAAAAGAGAAUGUAGCAGGUGCAACUAUUGGACAAAUUUUUCAUGUUAACAUAAGUUCCUUACCUAUCAACAGUACAGGAAAUAUUCACUUUAUAAUCGCAAACAAACAAGACGUGAGUGACGACAUCGCCAUAGGCCAAGAUGGUACAAUUUUUACACAAAAACCUUUAGACAGAGAAAAAAGGGAGACAUACAGUAUUACAGUCAUUGCUGAGUUUAACAAAGGCAUGAUAUCUGGUGCCGGUAUUUAUCAAGUCACCGUGAAUGUGGAUGACGAUAAUGACAAUCCACCAGUAUUUGAAAUGCCAUCAUACGAAGGAUCUAUACGCGAAAACGCAAAAAAGGGAACGGAAGUAAGAAUGAAUAACAAAAUAAAAGCAGUGGAUGCUGAUAUAGGUCAAAACGCUCUGUUCAAAUUCACAUUAUUUGGUGAUGGUCAUGAGCUAUUUAACGUUAAUGAAAACUCCGGACAAGUAACCUUUAUUGGAGAUAAAUUAGAUCGUGAAGAAAGGUCCGUUUAUAUUUUAAAUAUAGUGGCAAGAGAUAAAGGUGGCUUGAGUUCUGAAGCUAAAGUAACUUUAACAGUGAUAGACGAAAAUGACAAUAAGCCAAUUUACAGUCAAAUUAUUAUUCCCCUCGGAGAAAAUGUAGAACUCAUUGAAGCCGAUGAAAACAAUAAAAUUAAGAUUUAUCAGGAAAGAAAAAAUGAUUUAACUGGUCUUACGUAUAAUAGUGAAGUAAGACCUAAGAAUAACUUUGCGUCAAAUGUAAGUAAAUUGGGUCCUUUGUUUUUGUUACCAGAAAAUAUUGCUAUAGGUUCCACAGUACUUAAAUUACAUGCGAUUGAUAUGGACAGUGGAAACAAUGGCCAAAUUAGAUAUGAAUUUAUAUCAGAAGUAUUCACUCCUCCCAAUACGUUCACAGCGAACAUUACGCAACUUAAAAGAUACUUUGUUAUUAACGAGAGACAUGGGCAUAUUAUAGUAGCCAGAACAUUACCACCAGAAUCAGAAUUCAGACUCAAUGUAUCUGCAAUAGACGGCGGUGAAUUGAGCGAUCAUAUUUCUAUAAGACUCUUUGUAAUUGACGUCAAUGACCAUUAUCCAAUGUUUAAAAAGUCUUGGUAUACUUUUGAUGUAGAAGAAGCACAGUAUUCAAGGAGAGUACUUGGAAAAGUUGAUGCUACAGAUGCAGAUUUUGGACCAAAUGCAAACUUGACAUACUUUAUUCAACCUUCAAGUAAUGACAUACCAUUUGAAAUUUCACCUCUUACUGGUGUCUUUAGUGUAAAUGGUGAACUCGAUAGGGAAAAAGAGGACAAGUAUAUUCUUACUAUAGUGGCAAAGGAUAACGGUCAAGAAAAGAAGUUGUCUUCAUCAGUGAGCGUAGAAAUUCAAGUUUUAGAUGUCAAUGAUAAUUCACCUAAGUUUAUUGGAUAUGAUGAUAUUUUCGAAUGGAAACAUCCCGAAGCCAAUGCAAUGUCCAACCAUAACUUUGAAUCAGUUUCUGUGAUACCUAUUUAUAAAGCAACGCUGCCAGAAAAUGCUCCUGUAGGGACUAUAGUAACUAAAAUUUAUGCAAAUGACUCAGAUUUUAUUGGAAAUGGAAAUGGUCUGAUUUUGUAUAGCUUACCACAACGGAAGAACCAAAUAAAUCUUUUUGCUAUUGAUUCAAAAGAAGGCAUUAUAACAACGACAGGAAAAUUAGAUUUUGAAACUCAAAAUCAGCAUAACGUGACUAUCAUAGCUUCAGAUCUAGGUUCACCAAGUUUGAGUUCAACAGCAAUGCUUAUGUUGACAAUAACAGAUGUUCCUGAUGAAGUAGAAGUGUCAGAUAAACCUGUUUUUAUUUCUCGUUAUUAUGAAAUGGAAAUUGAAGAAAAUGUUCGGCCACCUGUAGAAUUAAUUACACUUAAUUUAACAGAGCACUAUGAGGCUUUCAAGAUGAAAUAUUUUAUUUUGAAUGAUAACGAUACUAUUAUAAGAAGAACAUUUAUGAUUGAUCCAAAAAAUGGAACUCUUUACCUAACUAGGAGUCCCGAUAGGGAAAUAAGGGACAUGUAUGAAGUGAUUAUACGUGCCGAAAGACAAAAAAUCAGCAGAGAACUUCCGCAUAUGAUUUAUCCUGUCUCAGAUGAAGUAUUAGAAGGGAUGACUAAGUAUGAUGUUAAAACAAUAGUAAGAAUAAAAGAUGUUAAUGAUAAUGCCCCUAAGUUCUCAAAUGGUGGAAGACCUUUAGUUACAGCCAUACCAACGACUGCACCGUUUGGUUAUCAAGUCAUGCAGUUACAUGCUACAGAUGCCGAUGCUGGUAUCAACGCUGAUAUUCGUUACCAGAUUAUUAAUGAACAAGCACCUAGGUUUGCCAUUGAUCCCGUUACAGGCCGCGUUAGAGUCGUAGCUUCUUUACUCAGAGACUCGGGAAGAGUUUUUGGGUUUGAUGUCAAGGCAACAGACAAACGAGGCGCUGACGAUGGCAAGUCAGCUAUUGCCAAUGUUUUUGUCUAUGUGCUGGAUGAGAACAAACAACUAGUUUUAGUUGUUGGAGCCAAACCAAUGGAAGUUGAAAGGGAAAUAGGUAAUAUUACCCGGUACUUAACUACCAUGACGGGCUUCGACAUUAGAGUGAGACGUCUAGAAGCCAACAUGAAAGCUUCAAUGGAUGGAUAUGCGACCGACAUUUACCUGUACGCCGUGGAUCCAAUGUCGAACGCCAUCAUCGAUAUGGAAGUCUUACAAAAAUCCCUUCUCAAAAGGGAGAUAGAUCUCCGCCACGACCUCACCGGAUUCAAGGUCUUGGAGGUGGGAGACACAGCCAUGGUCCAGGCUCGCAGCGGCAAACUUCUGAACACUAUGGAGAUCAGCGUAGUGGCACUGGGAUGCAUCGUCUUCGUUGGAGCGUGUACCACUGCCAUCUGUGUCCUUUGUGUUAAAAGAAGCAGACGAAAACGUCACAAACCAUAUCCCCAGCAACGUCUUAACGCUUUCUCCACUGAGCACUUAACUAAAUACGGAGGUCUCUUCCCGUCAGGCGGGAAUCAGUGCCAAGAGUUGAAUCAGUCUUACAGCGAAGCAGACUCUUACAUUGACGUCAUUAACCAUAACAUGUCUAAGAAGAUUUGCCCUCAUGGUAACACUGUGGAGGAGUUUGGGAAAGCCCAUCAGAAAUGCGUAAAGGGCCAGUUCGAUCAUAACUCUGACUUCAGUCAGAAGCAUGAGAGAAUGUGCAUCAAAUUUAACCAGCGUCCGUUGAAAAAGAGGAAGGGGCAAGACACGUCGAUAACUUCAGUGAAUUCCAGUGGCCAGGACUCUGGGAUAGCGGAAGCGCGGUGUCCCUGUGGUCAAUCCAGCGUCCAUACAUCGGAGGAAAGCAGCGGAUGCAGUUAUGAAGAUUCUCUCAAGUCGAAUCACAACCAGGAGUCUCGUAAGUCGUACCGAGACGCCGACCAAACAUUUCACCGUCGAGCAUCGUUCGGCCACCAGCCCUUAGAUUCACGCCAUCUACACUACCGACGGCAAUCGUUCUCAGAAAAUAUGCAACGACACUUCCCAGCUUUCGAGAAGCCUAAUUCCAGUAGACUGAUGAGACAAAUAUCAUCACCGAACGUUUCUAACACAGGGCAACCGUAUUUUGUUAACAGCAAGAAGAUUAUGAGAAAGAAUGAAGUCGUUAAUGAACCUAUGAUCGAUUAUGAUCAUAGUGAAAACGAAGAUGUGUUUGACACUAGGAUGGAUAGAAGACCUAGUGGGAAAAACCAUAAAAGAAAAAGUUUUAUGGAAUUAGGUGGACAAGCAGCCGUCUUUGUUGCAACUCCAGCAGCUGCAGAGAUCAUGAGACGGCAAGGAAGUGAAAGACUUAUGUUUGCUAGACCUUUAUAGUAAAGAACCAAAAUAAGGAACAAAAGAAGUAAGUGAUAGUGAAUUUGCAUAAGCACGACGUGACAAUAAUUUGACUUGUGAAGGGACAUAGAAUACUCAAUUUGAGACCAAUCGAAAUUGGUUACCAAUAAUUAUAAUGUAAUUGUGAUAACAUUAUUACAACAGAUACUCCUAAAGAACAUAGUGCAAUUUGACAAUGACUGUUUUUAUUUUUCUAAUGUUGUAUAAUAUUUUGUAAAUAUAAGUUAUCUGUAGAUAUUAGUUCAUAUGAAUAAUGUUUACUGCUGUACUUAUGCCUGUUUCACUUUUGUCAAUUGUUUUUCUAUUUGGUACUACAUCACGUCCAAAGUUUUGUCGUUAUACUAAGUGUGCCAUUUAGAGAUGUUUGCGUAAUAAAGACUCUUAUGAUGUUUGGUAAAUAAAACCACCUUUAUUAUUAUUGCUAAUUUAUGUGAUAUAAGAUUUGUAUCUUUGUAAAUAUUUUUAAGUUUUAAGAAAUAAUUGAAAG